AUGAGCUCAACCUUGGCAAUUGACCAACAUAUUCGCUACAUACAGAACCUCGGAAAGGCUACGGAUGACUUGACAUACCACCUAACCGCACAUCUGAGGACUAAUGCAGUUUACUGGGGAUUGACGGCCUGCUGUAUCAUGGGUCGUCCUGAUGCUCUGAACAGGGAAGAGAUGAUUGAGUACGUUAUGAAGUGCUGGGACGAUACCACUGGUGGAUUCGGUGCCCAUCCAGGCCACGACGCACACAUACUCUCGACCCUGAGCGCCGUACAGAUACUCGUGACCCAGAAUGCGCUGGGCAUCCUGGACGUCGACCGCACGGUGCAAUACAUCGCCUCUCUACAGCAACCAUCCGGCGUAUUCGCAGGUGACUCCUUCGGCGAGAUCGACACGCGCUUUUCCUAUAUCGCCCUCAACGCGCUAUCCCUUCUCGGACGUCUCGACGCGAUCGACAAGGAGAAAGCUGCCGAGUACAUCAGCAAGUGCAGGAACUUCGAUGGUGGGUUCGGCAGGAUCAUCGGGUCGGAGAGCCAUUCUGGUCAAUGCUUUGUCUGCACCGCGGCGCUUGCGAUACUGGAUCGACUUGACAUCAUCGACCAGCCUAUGCUCGCUUGGUGGUUAGCGGAGCGUCAGCUACCGAACGGUGGCCUGAACGGCCGCCCGGAGAAGCUUGAAGACGUUUGCUACAGCUUCUGGGUGCUCUCGGCGAUGUCAAUACUGCGCAAGCUCACCUGGAUCGACUCCGAGAGACUCAUCAACUUCAUUCUUAGCGCGCAAGACACCGAAGCUGGUGGCAUCGCGGAUAGACCAGGGGAUAUGGUCGAUGUCUUUCACACUCACUUCGGCGUCGCCGGAUUAUCGCUACUUGGGUAUCCAGGUUUGGUGGACCUGGACCCAGUAUACUGCAUGCCAGCUCCCAUCAUUGAUAAGAUGGGCUUGAGGAAGGGCUGGGAGGCGUUACCUCGAAAAGCCGCCCAGGUGAUCAUGAACAUGUAG